AAAAAGCGAAUCGAAACGAAUAACAUUUGCAAUCGUAGUUCUUCCACGUGUAUUAAUUUAUGGAAUAGAUCAGCGCGCGACUUCCGCAGGAUUCGAAUGAAGAUUACAUGAAAAGAACACGAUGAAUCGCAUCUAUUGAAACAUUGCUUGCCACGAAUCAUCGCCUGUGACACUCGCAUUUAAAAUCGCAUUUACCGCAAGCAACAGAAAGACACAGAUCUCGUACUCAAAAGUGCAACAAUUUACCACCCCGAAUAUCACUCAAUGACAGCUUUAAAAUCUAAUUUCAUUCUAAUCGACUAUGAAUUGAUCUCGAAUUAUUAUCGAGUGAAGCUCCUUAUUGCAACAGUCUUUUCAAUUCGUUCCCAACGAACGAUCUACGAACGAUAAUAUAAUAGUUCGGCGCAAUUUCACGAUUCACGCUUGUCGAGGCAUAAUUACUUCGUGGAAUAGUAACAGAGAUCUUAAGGCGGAAUAAUCGUGGUGUAGGAUAAUCGUCGAGCCAAGUGUGAAGUUCCCAAAGAAAGAAAGAGAGAGAGAGAGAGAGAGAGAGAGAGAGAGAGAGAAUAACGGGGCGCACACGCUAAAAAUAACAAUUUCAUCGGUUGCACGGCUACGAAGAGGAACAAACUGACCCGUAAUUCGUCGGGUGGAGAGUGGAGAGCAAUGUUUCCCGAGUUGGCGCGGCUGCCACGCGUCUCAUACGAUUUCCUGUUGAGGAGAGGGCGCGAAGAAAUUCGUCGGCCGUCCCUGCGCGCCAUGUGUUGCUCUGUCGUAGUUCACACGGCUGUUACCUAAUAUCUGUUGAAUUAUGCCGUAAACAAGGAACAGUUCUCCCACGGUCCGGUUCACGGACGACACCUCGCGUACGACACGGUCGCGUACGCGCACGCCUGCUUCAUUAUCGCCUUUCGUUUCGUUCGUUUGGCAAAUCGCAGUUUCUAGACGUCUAGACUGGACUCGAGAGAGCUCACGCGAGCUAUGAUCGCGUGCCGCCGCGAUAAUCCGUAAAUUGUUUAGCGGCAACGAUUGGACAACGUCCAACGGAAUAAUAUACGGCCGCGAGAUAGUUACAACGCGAGAGAAAUGUUACACGGAUGAUUUUGCUGGUGAAACGGUCGUGUCCCGGCUCGGGAACGAACCUUCCGAUGUUACGCGCAACGCAACGGAUUCUAAUCGUUGCGCGUAUCGCGCUAAUAUAUAGCAUCGCCACCUGUUUCCCUAAAGUCAUCGACGCUACUGAAAGAGCUGUCUUCCGACAUUAUCCGACCGUACCGAGGCAUCUUAUGCAAAUGCCUACUAGAAAAUUAUGGAGAGAUCGUGUUCGAAUACUCGAUCGCGAGAGAAAUUGUUUAUUGGUGGCAAAAUACCAGUCUGUGAAUAAUCGUGUUUUGCACGAUUCAGAAUAGACGUGUUCGAGAAUAGAUAUUCCUCUAUAUCAGAGAGAACAUGCUAAAGUAGAAGUAUUAUUCUUAAUCGAAUUUCAUGCGUUCGAUGGUA